AUGGCGGUUGCGAGGAACAAGGACGUCGGCAGCUUCAUCGGCGAGAUCGGCGUCACCAAGGCUGAGCUGGCGAACAAGAAGGCGGCCGGGACAGGCAUGGUGAAGGCGGCAUCCUGGAGCGACUUCGGGACCUGCGGCACCAAGCCUGCAGCGGGGAACAAGACGGCGCCUGGGAGCGAGCCGGGGCCAAAGGGGGAGCGCAAGGCCGAGACGGCGGUGGCCAUGAUCACGAAGGAGACGGUGCCCGACUCCUUCAUCGACAGGAUCAAGACACGCCCCUCGCCGAAGCUGCCUCCUCUCUCCCAAGAAGAAAUCGAACUCUACUCCGAGUUCUUCCCCGAGGAACCCGAGGCCAUAGCACUCGAGCUUGAAAACAUCACCCGUUGGAAUUACUUCGUGGACCUGGAGUAG